AUGUUUAAUUUUCGAAGAAUAUCAUUGUUUCAUCGUUCAAUAUCUAUUAAAAUUAAUGCUUGUCGUUUUCGAUCAGCUCGUCGUUCGUCUAAAUCAUUAAUAAAUGAUCAAAAGCAUAUUGUUACUGAAACAAAACCUGUUUCAUUAGAUAAUCUCUCACCUGUAGUUCGUCAAAUUCUUUCUAAAGAUCCAUCAUAUGCUGUUCGUUUUGGUGGUCAAUUAUCUGAAAAUAAAAAAUAUCUUGUUCGACAACAUUCACGAACAACAGGUCGAGCAGAAAAUCUUCUUUUACAAAUACCGAAAGAUGAUAUUAUUUUGUCAAUUAAUGAAGAUGAAAAUGAUUUACCUCAUCCACCUAUUGUUGCUUUUCCAUCUACAGAAAAUCAAUUUCAAAUGGAUUUAGGAACAGAAGAUAAAACAGUACCUAUUCAUGAAACAGCUUGUUGUUUUGGUUGUGGAGCAUCACUUCAAUGUGCUGAUAGGACUAAACCAGGUUUUGUACCAGUUGAAAUCUAUAAACAUUAUCUAUUAACAUAUUUACAAAAACGAACAAGUCAAUGUCAACGAUGUUUUCUUUUUAAAUAUACAAAUGAAAUAUCACAUUGUGAAGUUAAUGAACAAAUUUAUAAAGAUAUUUUAAUAGAAAUUAAACGAAAACGUGCUUUAAUUAUUUUAAUUGUCGAUCUUCUUGAUAUACCAAAUUCCAUUAGUCGAUUAUGGACAAAUCUUGUUGAUGAAACAGCAAAAAAUCAUCAUACUUCAUCCAAUAUUAUAUUUGUUCUUGGCAAUAAAGUUGAUCUAUUACCCAAAGGCAGUAAAUUUAUUUUAGAUAGUGAAUCAUAUUUAUCUAAUGUUCGUCAAUGUCUUGAAAAUGAAUGUACAAAACGUGGUUUAGGAAAACACAUAGUUAAAUAUUAUGGUUUAAUUAGUGCCCGAACUGGGUAUGGUGUUGAAGAAUUGAUUUCCAAAGUAUUUCGUUAUUGGUCGCAACAUGGUGGUGUUUAUCUACUCGGUGGUACAAAUGCCGGAAAAAGUAGUUUAUUUAAUAGUCUUAUUAAUUCUGAUCUUUGUCAUAUUCAUGCACUUGAUUGUAUUCAACCUGCAACCGUAUCAAAUCUUCCUGGUACAACAAUGAAUGUUGUUCGUUUUCCGAUUCAAUUACGAACUGGAAAAAAUCAAUUUAUGCGUGAAGAUCGUUUAAAAGAACGAGAAGAAAACGAAACUAUACCUGAUGAUGAUAAUAAUUCAAUUGAAAAUGAAACAACUAUUAUCGACAAUGUUGAGUCAACAGUAAAAUGGCGUCGUCGAUUUGAAUCUGAAAUGAAUUUACCAAAAAGUGGUGUAUCAUAUACAUAUUCAUCUGGUGAAAAUUCUUUUAAUGAAGAUCGUUCAUUUGAAUCUAGUGAACAUAAUUAUAUUAAUUAUCGACAAAAGAAAAUGCGAACUUUUAAUCCUGAUUCAUAUAAAAAUGAAAAAUGGCUUUUUGAUACACCGGGAGUUAUUUUACCUGAACAAAUGAUUAAUAAAUGUAGUAAUCAAACGGAACUUUCAUUUUUUGAUCAUCAAUCAACUAUUAUUCGACCAGUGAAUAUUUUAUUAAAUGUUGGACAAACAAUAUUAAUUGGUGGUAUUGCAAGAAUUGAUGUUAAACAUAUUACAAAUCAUGGUCAAGCAACUCUUUCAUUAAUGACAACAUCUCGUUUGCCAAUUAAUGUGAUAGAAACAAAAGAUAUUGAGAAAUUUUAUGAAAAUACUCUUGAAAAAAAUCAACUUGGAGUACCACAGAAUCAAAUCAAUGGUCAUCUUCAAGAUCCACCUCGACUAAUUGGUCCCACUAUUGAAAUUCUUGGCAUUGGAGAAGAAGAAGCUGCUGGAGAUAUUGUUCUAUCAUCAGCAGGUUGGGCUAGUGUUCAAUGUAGUCGUGAUCAAUAUGUGGUAUUUGAUGUAAUGACACCAGAUGGUCUUGGUAUUCAUCUUCGACAACCACCAUUACUUAAAUAUUUAAUUCAUUUACGUGGUUCACGAAUAGAACAAACACCAUUCUUUAAUAAACAUACUUAUAAAGAAGAUCAACAAGAAAAUGAAGAUGAUAAUGAAUAUCAGUCAAAUGAACUUGAAAUGAUUAUCAAUGAGAAAUUAUGGAAAGGAGAACAAAAUAAACAUCGACGACAUAUUGAACAUAAAAAAUAA